AUGUCCAGCAGCGAAUUACUAACAGAUGCAUAUCUAAUCGAACUUCUCCAACGCGAUGCGCAGCGGAAACCCACACGCCGCAGCGACGCGCCCAAACCCAAUACUCGCUUCCUGCGGCACCUUGUUCGCGAUGUCGACUCCCAUAAUUCAGCGCYGAAAGCUAGAGAAGAAGCAGAUGCGCGUGCGCGGCAGCGGAGACUGAGGCGUGAAGAGCAGACGGGGAGGAAUCGGGAGGAAGAUGAGGAGGAGGAGGAGCGCAGGAGGCGGCGAAGGAGAAAAGAGGAUGCGGAGAGAAGUGAUGGUGGAAAAGCGCGGAGCGGUAGGCACAGGGAUGGAAGGGAGAGAUCUCGUUCCCGAUCACCGAAAAGGCGGAAGGAUGGGGAAGGAGAGCGGAGCCGGAAGCAUAGAACGCAGUCAAGAUCAAGGUCGCGAUCUCCACGUCGUAGCUCACACCGACAUCAUCACAGUCGAUCGGAACGUUCACAGCGGAAAGACUCCCCGCCGGUACGGCAUAAACGUCGACGAACAAGAUCUCCUUCAGCAUCCCCAUCCAAUUCAGAUCCGCUCGAAGAGCUUCUCGGUCCACAACCUCUCCCACCCAGCCAGUCCCUUCCACGAGGACGUGGAGCUUUCAAACCACAGAAUUCUAGCAUCGAGACUCGCUUUCGAGAGGGCUAUGAUCCGAAGAAAGACGCUCGUGAAGAAGAAGAGGAUGAUGCCACUGAUGAUUGGGAUCGGGGCUUGGAAGCUGUGAAAGAUCGAGCAAAAUGGAGGGAGAAUGGUGCGGAGAGGCUGCGGGCUGCUGGGUUUACGGAGCAAGAGGUGAAGAAUUGGGAGAGUGGUCCCGCGGGUAGUGGGGAGGAGGCCGCGAGGGAGAAGGAUGUGCGGGACGUGCGAUGGCUGAAGAAGGGUGAAGGUGUGAGGGAGUGGGAUCGUGGCAAGGGCGAAGAAGGCAAGGCGGAUUGGAUUGGUAGGCUGACCUGA